AUGGAGGAGGAUAUGCCGAGGCUUCCUGAGGAGCCCGAGGACGCAGGAGGCGAAGAGGAGCGGAGGGAGGUCGAUUUCGAGGUAGAUCCGACCCAGGGCACGCAGGCCCUCGAGGAGACAGACAACAUGGACGUCUCCCUUGCCGAGCCCGGGGAGGAAGUAGAGGAUGCUGGACCUGCAGAGGACUUACAGCUUCCGGCGGAGUCGAUGGCUCAGCUGGAGAUGUACAAGGCCAUGAUGGAGCAGGAACUCUUCAGGCAGAACGGCUCAAAUUCGGACAACGAGGAUGAGUCGUACCAGCCGCAAGAGGAGGAUGAAGAUGAUGGCAUGGGCAUUCCCAGCUUCUUUCAUCGCCAGUUUCGAAGAUUCAAUCAGCAGCGGUUGAAGCAGGAGGGCUGGCGCCUCGUCUACGGACUCCUGAAUUUCUCUCCCGAGGAUCCGAUGAGUGCAGCCCACCUGAGUCGCAUCCAGGAGCUGAUGGUCAGAAGGCCUGAAGCGCUUCUCUACCUGGAUGGGCUCAAACGCACGGUGUUGCACUUGGCUCUUCUCCGCUGGCGAACGGAUCUGGUGAAGCUGCUUCUCUCAUAUGAGGAUGAUCCCAGAUUUGCAGAGCUCGCUUUGCGGCCCUACCAGGCUGGUGGUGACAAGGACAAGGAUCAGGUCCCUUGCCACCACUUGGCACUUUCCGGCAUCCAGCUGGAACAUGCCUCGGCCUCGUCCCUGCAAUGCCUGCAGCUUCUCCUGGAGCUUCCGCUCCCUCUCGUCCAGCAGGUGGACAACUCAGGGCGCAAUGCCUUACAUGUGGCUUGCUCCUUUGGCUCAGCCGAUGCUGUGCAGAUGCUGCUGGCGAAGGGGGCAGAAGCAGGUCUUCAAGAUGAUCACGGUCUGCUUCCCUUGCACUACGCCAUCGACUCUCGAAGUGUUCCCUGCGUUCAGGCCGUUCUGCAGGCCUCAGAUCAGUCGCUGUUCCCAAAUGAGCUGAACCCAUUCUACCGCUGUAUAGAGCGGCAAGCAUGGGAAGUUGCAUUGCUGCUGCAUAAGCGGAACUGGAACAUGGGCGAUGAGGCUGAGAUUGAUCGCAUCUUCUGCUUCGCCAAAGAACGCGGUCUCGACAAGGAGUGGGAGUUUGUCUGCGAGAAAGGUCUCGAGGGCGCCAGUGCUAUGGAGGAAGUCGUCUGGAACGCCGAGGUCUUCAAGGAGCCUGGCACCGUAUUGGUGACGCACCCGCUUUGCACCAACCAUCGGGCCAUUCCCAAGGAGGCAGAUGACCCCGAAGUGCGGCUGGCCUUAAUCAGUCGGAUUCCAGAGAAUCCGCACCGGCUGGAGGUGCUUUGUGGGCCGAACGGCGUUUUGCGGGCAGACCAAUUCAGGGACCUACGGUGGAUCCCAGAAGCUUCACAAGCAGCUCUGGUGGAUGUGCUGAGGGUGCACGAGUUCUGGUAUGUGAAGAAGCUCAUGGACAAGGUGGAGGAGGCGAAGGGCUACGACUCGCGCCACCUCCCUGUCGAUGCUGGCGACACGAAGGUUUCUGAGGAGUCCUGGUCGGCGGCGAGCCGAGCUGCCGGUGCUGUCUUAGAGGCUGUGGACCAGGUCUGCAACGAGACGGCUAGAAACGCCUUUUGCUGCGUCCGGCCGCCUGGGCAUCACCUUGGUCCCGCGGGUGCGGUUGACCAGCAGGAUCUCCUAGACGACCCGGAGGGUUCGCAGGGCUUCUGCCUGCUCAACAACGUCGCCAUUGGGGCCGCGUACGCGCGUUGCGUCUACCGCCAUCUCAUCCACAAGGUUGCCAUCAUCGAUUUCGAUGUGCACCAUGGAAAUGGCACAGAAGCGAUUGUGAAGAACAUGCGCCCGCGGCCAAAUGUGCCUCCCGAGAAGAGCGCAGCUUACUUCCACGCGGGUCAUCUGAUGAGGAUAACUCACACGCCUGCGCCCAGCUGCAAGCCUUGGCUGGAUCCGGAUGCAGAUGUGGAGAACGUGUUCUUUGCGUCCAUCCAUGGGUUUGGAGCCGGCUUCUACCCAGGCUCGGGGAAGACAGCCGAGAGCACCAAGCCAAGGAUCAUCAACGUGGGCCUGCGCAGAAAUUCUGGCCCUGUGGACUUCCGCAAGGGUAUGAGGUACCGGAUACUUCCCGCGCUGCAGGAGUUUUCGCCCGAUCUGAUUUUCAUUUCCGCUGGCUUUGAUGGCCAUGAGGACGACCUCAUCGGCUGCUGUAGCCUGAGCGAAGAGGACUACGUCUGGGCGACUCAACAGCUGAUGGCAGUGGCCAACCGCUGUUGUCAAGGCCGCUUAAUCUCCGUCUUGGAGGGUGGCUACAACACCCGAGCUGAGGCACUGUCGCCAUUUGCUGCGGCUGUGACUGCUCACGUGAGGACGCUGAUGUUUACCAGCCAGAACUACAACUUUCUCGACUACGAGGCAGAGUUGGCUCCUGGGGAUGAGCGGACCCAGGCAGAACUCACUGAAUCUCUGAAAUUUCAGCGACGGGAAGAGGCCAAGCGCCUGCGUCGGAAGCGAGCCAGAGGCUUCACCGGAGGCCGCCGGCGCGCCAAGAAGGCGAAGGAAGAGGACGACGAGAAAGCCGAACAGGAAGACGAGAAGGUCGAGAAGGCAGAGGAAAAGGCAGUGGCCGAGGACCAGGGCGCACCUGACUCCUCCGCAGUUCCCUCUCCGCCGGAGGCGCUUGACAUGUUCGGCGAGGAUGGUUUCACUGAUGCCGGACGAGCUUCUCCUGGAGUAGAGGAAGCGCCGGCAGAAGGCAUGCUUGAAGCGGCAGAGUUGGGCGCCCCGGCCUCCGAGGCGCCGGAGGCCGCGGAGGCUUCGGAGGUCCCGGAGGCGGCAGAGCCCGCGGAGCCCGCGGAGCCCGCUGAGCCCGCGGAGCCAGAGGCUGCAGAGGCCCAACCUGGCGAGCCAGGGGCCGAAAUGGAAGCCGCUGAGGAGCCGGUAAUGCCCAUGGAGCUGGACCGCGAGACACAGGACCCGGGAGUCACCUCUAGCGCGGAGGACCUUCCACCUGCGGAGGACCAGCAACGCGAGCAGCCGGCGGGCGAGGGCGACGAGGAGGAGGCACAACUCGAUGAUGCCGAGCGCUUGGUGCAGGAGACUGCCGGGCUUCUUCAACAAGUCGGCGCCGAGGAGCUUCCAGAUGCUGAGGAGCCUGAUGAGGGGGAGGAGUCCGACUACCUAGCCGACGCAGUGCCGUGA